UCUUUGCGUUAACCUCCACCAUGAAGACCGCACUACUUUGUCUCUCUCGAUCUCAUUCUUAAGAACCCAGCCAGACGAAGAAGUUAAAAACUAAACGGAAUAUUUUGCUUAUUGGCUUGACAUUUGCAGGAGUUAUUUGAAAAAUUGGGGCCUGGUAGUUAACAACAAAAGAAUACAGCUUUUUUAUUGCAUUAAUACAUUUGUGGUUGAUAUGAUCAAGUGGUUAACCUUUAAUUUUUUAGUGGCUGUGAUAGUGCUAGUUGGGGAUAUUGUAUGUCAAAGCACCGGACCAAAACAUGGCAAGAUCGUGGUGUGUUACCUGGGUACAUGGGCGGUAUAUAGACCCGGUAGAGGCUCGUUUGCGAUUGAAAACCUGGAACCCUCAUUGUGCACUCAUGUAAUUUACUCUUUUGCUGGACUGAACCCCAAGGAGGACACAAUAAAAGCUUUAGAUCCAUGGCAAGAUUUAACAGAAGAUUAUGGGAAAGGUGGAUACCAGAGAAUAACCAACUUAAAAUUAAGAUAUCCUCAUUUAAAAGUUACUUUAGCAAUUGGAGGAUGGAAUGAAGGUUCGGCGAACUAUUCAAAAUUAGCUGCAGAUCAAAAUCGCAGGAGUCGAUUUGUUGCUAGUGCAGUAGAUUUUAUAAAAAAAUACAAGUUUGACGGACUGGAUCUAGAUUGGGAGUUUCCUGGAAAAAGAGGCGGCGCUCCAGAAGACAAAAAGAACUUUUUACUACUCGUUAAGGAGCUAAAAGCGGCUUUUCGCAAACACAACUUCCUUCUCACGGCUGCCUUUGGAGCUGGAAAAGACACUAUCGAUAUAGCUUACGAUGUAGAGGGGCUCUCAAAUUAUCUAGAUUUUAUGCAUAUGAUGUGUUACGAUUAUCACGGAGCUUGGGAUCAAAAAACUGGUGCUAAUGCACCUCUAAAAAGCACAGAUGUACUAAAUGUGGAAUACACUAUCAAUUAUAUGAUCAAAUUAGGGGCUUCGCCAAAGAAAUUAGUCCUUGGGGUGCCUUUGUACGGAAGAACUUUCGUACUGCCAGAACCGUUAGAAUUAGGUUCCAAAAGGAAACCGAAGUUAGGAAUGGUGUCUACAGCCGUUGGAUUUCCAGGACCGUUGACUAAGGAGAGUGGAUUUAUGGGUUAUAAUGAGAUAUGUUUGGAACUUAAAAAUAAGACGGCUCCUUGGAAAAAGUACUGGGACAGCGAGAGCAGCACCCCAUUUGCUGUACGAGGUACUCACGUUAUUACUUAUGAUGAUGAACAGUCUAUCUUUGAGAAAGUUAAAUUUGCAAUGGAGAAAAACAUUGCGGGUAUAAUGGUUUGGUCAGUGGAUACAGACGAUUUUCAAGGAGACUGUGCAGAAUCCGAUGAAGAACAGAACUAUCCUCUGAUGAGAGCGAUCAAUAAAAGUAUCGAGCAAUCUUUGGAAGAAAUUCAAAAUACGAUCGUUAAAGAAAAAAUUAAUACCGUGCAAAAUAGUGCGUUUAGAAAUGUUUAUAGGAUUGAUUUAUUAGUUAUCAUUAGUUUAUUAGCUUUUAAACAUUUUUAUUUGUAGUUUAAAUGAUAUUUUUAUUAUAAUAUUAUUAAGAUAGCAAAUGUAAAUGCAACUUUGUGAAUAUAAACGUUAUGUUUUUUUCUAAUA